GUGUGAUGUUUGUAAUGUGUUGAUGAAUAUUAAUGUGUUGUCGAUGUUAGUUUGGACACACCUACUCUUUCAAGGGGAUUUCUUUAUUUGUACUAUUUUCUACAUUGUAGAAUAACAGUAAAGACAUCAGAAAAUAUGAAAUAACACAUGUAUUCAUGUAGUAACCAAAAAAGUGUUAAACAAAUCAAACUAUAUUUGAGUUUCUUCAAAGUUGCCACCGUUUGCCUUGAUGACAGCUUUGUACUCUCUUGGGAUUCUCUCAACCAGCUUCACCUGGAUUGCUUUUCCAACAGUCUUGAAGAAGUUCCCAAAUGCUGAGCACUUGUUGGCUGCUUUUCCGUUACUCUGCGAUCCAACUCAUCCCAAACCAUCUAUAUUUGGUUGAGGCCGGGUCAUUGUGGAGGCCAGGUCAUCUGAUGCAGCACUCCAUCACACUUCUUCUUGGUCAAAUAGCCCUUACGCAGCCUGGAGGUGUGUUUUGGGUAAUUGUCCUGUUGAAAACAAAUGAUAGUCCCAUUAAGCGCAAACCAGAUGGGAUGGCGUAUCGCUGCAGAAUACUGUGGUAGUCAUGCUGGUUAAGUGUGCCUUGAAUUCUAAAUAAAUCACAGACCGUGUCACCAGCAUAGCACCGUCACACCUCCAAGCUUCACGAUGGGAACCACACAUGCAGAGAUCAUCUGUUCACCUACUCUUGAGUCUCACAAAGACAGGGCUGUUGGAACCAAAAAUCUCCAAUUUGGGCUCCUCAGACCAAAGGACAGAUUUCCACGGUCUAAUAUCCAUUACUUGUGUUUCUUGGCCUAAGCAAGUCUCUUCUUAUUGGUGUCCUUUAGUAGUGGUUUCUUUACAGCAAUUUGACCAUGAAUGAUGCGGGUGCUGGGUAGCCUAGUGGUUAGAGCGUUGGACUAGUAACCGAAAGGUUGCAAAAUCAAAUCCCCAAGCUGACAAUGUAAAAAAUCUUUCUUUCUGCCCCUGAACAAGGCAGUUAACCCACUGUUCCUAGUCUGUCAUUGUAAAUAAGAAUUUGUUCUUAACUGACUUGCCUAGUUAUUUAAAAAAAAAAACAGUUGAUGUUGAGAUGUCUGUUACUUGCACUAAUUAUUUGGGCUGCAAUCUGAGGUGCAGUUAACUCUAAUGAAUUUAUCCUCUGCAGCAGAGGUAACUCUGGGUCUUCCUUUCCUGUGGCGGUCCUCAUGAGAGCCAGGUAACUCUAAUGAAUUUAUCCUCUGCAGCAGAGAUAACUCUGGGUCUUCCUUUCCUGUGGCGGUCCUCAUGAGAGCCAGUUAACUCUAAUGAAUUUAUCCUCUGCAGCAGAGAUAACUCUGGGUCUUCCUUUCCUGUGGCGGUCCUCACGAGAGCCAGUUAACUCUAAUGAAUUUAUCCUCUGCAGCAGAGAUAACUCUGGGUCUUCCUUUCCUGUGGCGGUCCUCAUGAGAGCCAGUUUCAUCAUAGUGCUUGAUGAUUUGUGCGACUGCACUUAAAGAAAGUUUCAAAGUUCUUGAAAUUUUUCCAGAUUGACUGACCUUCAUGUCUUAAAGUGAUGAUCGACUUUUGCUUCUCUUUGCUUAUUUUAGCUGUUCUUGCCGUAAUAUGGACCUGUUAUUUUACCAAAUAGGGCUAUCUUCUACAACCCUAUGUUGUCACAACACACCUGAUUGGAUCAAAUGCAUUAAGAAGGAUAGAAAUUCCACCAAUGAACUUUUAACAAGGCACACCUGUUAAUUGAAAUGCAUUCUAGGUGACUACCUCGUGAAGCCAGUUGAGAGAAUGCCAAGAGUGUGCGACGCUGUCAAGGCCUAAAGAAUGUCUUCGGUCGAUUAUGAGACGAGUCAACCACAAGGAUCCACAUGUUGCCAUGCAGGCUCUGACGCUACUUGGUGCCUGUGUUUCAAACUGUGGGAAGAUAUUUCAUCUAGAAGUGUGCUCCAGAGAGUUUGCCAGUGAGGUCAGCAACGUUCUAAACAAGGUCUGGAUAUUCGCUGUCAUUGGCCACCCUAAGGUAUGUGAGAAGCUGAAGGCACUGAUGGUAGAGUGGGCAGAGGACUUUAGGAAUGACCCUCAGCUCAGCCUGAUUUCAGCCAUGAUCAAGAACCUCAGGGAACAGGGGGUCACCUUCCCUGCUGUGGGCUCUCAGGCUGCGGAGAAAGCUAAAGCAAGUCCUGCUUUAGUGGCAAAGGAUCCAUCCACCUUAACCAACAAGAAGGAGGAGGAAGACCUGGCUAAAGCCAUAGAGUUAUCUCUAAAGGAGCAGCGAAGUCAGCCUGGGUCAGGGCUGUCUGGGUCUGGUUUGUACCCCAGCGCCUCUUUCCUCUCUUCCCAGAGGCCCGAGGGCAGGAAGGUCAGGGCCAUCUAUGACUUUGAGGCUGCAGAGGACAACGAGCUCACCUUCAAGUCUGGAGAGAUCAUCACUAUCCUGGACGACAGUGACCCCAACUGGUGGAAAGGAGAAACGUAUCAGGGAGUUGGACUUUUCCCCUCAAACUUUGUAACGGCUGAUCUGACUGCAGAGCCUGAGAUGAUGAAGACAGAAAAGAAGACGGUGCAGUUCAGUGAGGAGGUCCAGGUGGAGAGCAUAGAGCCUGAGCCUGAACCGGUCUACAUAGACGAGGAGAAAAUGGACCAGCUGCUGCACAUGAUCCAGAGUGCAGAUCCAACAGACAACCAGUCUGAUGCCUGUGAGCUGCUGCAGCUAGAGGGUGCCUGCAACCAGAUGUGUCCCCUCAUUGAUCAGAAGCUUGAGAGCACUGACAGGAAGCAUUCAGAGCUGUCAGAGCUGAAUGUGAAGUUGAUGGAGGCUCUGUCUCUUUAUGCUAAGCUUAUGAAUGAGGACUAUGCCAUGUACACAAAGCUACAGACCCAGCAGUACUACAUGCAUCAAUCUGCCAACACAGCACAACAGGUGUACCCGGGUCAGUCUGGAGGGUCCUAUGGGAUGAGCGGUCCAGGAGGGGUUCAGCAGGGAUACAGUGUUUCUCUGGAGCAGCCUCAGACUGGCCAGCCAGCACCCAGUGAUGUCCAUAUGUACAUGGGCCAGCCUCCAGUCUACAGUCCAGCUGCAGAGGGCUUGUCCUACCAGCCUCCAGCCAAUCAGCCAUCCGGCUACAGCUCCAUCCCCAACCCUGGCCAGAGCUUUCCACACCCACCUGACACACAGCAGCACCCCUACCCCGAGAAGGCUCUUCUAUAGAAAACACUACGCACACUACGCCAUGCUACACGCUACUACACACCACUACGCCACGCUACACGCCACGCGCACACGCCAUGCACACAUUACGCUACGCCAUGCUAUGACAUGCCAUUCUAUACGCCACACUAUACCACGCUACGCACACUACGCCACACACCCACACUACAAACUACACAAGCCACACACCCACACUACAAACUACACAAGCCACACACCCACACUACAAAACACUACGCCACACACCCACACUACAAACUACACUACGCCACACACCCACACUACAAACUACACAAGCCACACACCCACACUACAAACUACACAAGCCACACACCCACACUACAAACUACACAAGCCACACACCCACACUACAAACUACACAAGCCACACACCCACACUACAAACUACACAAGCCACACACCCACACUACAAACUACACAAGCCACACACCCACACUACAAACUACACUAAGCCACACACCCACACUACAAACUACACAAGCCACACACCCACACUACAAACUACACAAGCCACACACCCACGAUACAAACUACACAAGCCACACACCCACACUACAAACUACACAAGCCACACACCCACACUACAAACUACACAAGCCACACACCCACACUACAAACUACACAAGCCACACACCCACACUACAAACUACACAAGCCACACACCCACACUACAAACUACACAAGCCACACACCCACACUACAAACGCCACACACCCACACUACAAACUCCACACCCAAACUACACACGCCACACACCCAAACUACAAACUACACACGCCACACAAACACUACAAAUUACACAUACAAGUACACAUUUACAGAUACACAAGUAGACAUGGACACAUUCUGCAUACUCUGUCAUUUCAUCUCUCACCCUAAAAGAGCAGAACCAUGAAGCCCGUCCAGCAUAUGAACAGACAGUGAUGUUCCACAUCAUGAAGAGAAGCAGCAACUUGUUUAACUUUUCUUUUUUAAAGGAAACUGACCAUGUUAUGCUACUUCAUUCUUGUCAUUGCAUCGUUUUAGAAAUACUAAAUAUGAGAAAAUAGUGAAACAGGCAGACCUUGUUUAAAUGUACUGGUGAUGUACUACAGUGCAUUCGGGAUAGUAUUCAGGCCCCCUGACAUUUUCCACAUUUUGUUACGUUACAGCCUUAUUCUAAAAUUGAUUAAAUUACUUUUCCCCUCAUCAAUCUACACACAAUACCCCAUAAUGACAUCACAAUACCCCAUAAUGACAUCACAAUACCCCAUAAUGACAUCACAAUACCCCAUAAUGACAUCACAAUACCCCAUAAUGACAAAGCAUAAACAGGUUUUUAGAAAACUUUGCAAAUUUAUUAAAAACGUAUUUACAUAAGUAUUCAGACCUUUUGCUAUGAGACUCGAAAUUGAGCUCAGGUGCAUCCUGCAUCCUGAAAAUGCACACGCCUGUCUAUAUAAUGGUCCCACAGUUGACAGUGCAUGUCAGAGCAGAAACCAAGCCAUGAGAUGGAAGGAAUUGUCUGUGAAGCUCUGAGACAGGAUUGUGUUGAGACACAGGUCUGGGGAAGGGUACCAAAACAUUUCGGCAGCAUUGAAGAUCCCCAAGAACACAGUGGCCUCCAUCAUUUUUAAAUUUAAGAAGUUUGGAACCACCAAGACUUCCUAGAGCUGGCUGUCCGGCCAAACUGAGGAAUCGGGGAAAAGUGCCUUGGUCUGGGAGGUGACCAAGAACCCAAUGGUCACUCUGACAGAGCUCCAGAGUUCCUCUGUGGAGACGAGAGAACCUUCCAGAAAAACAACUGUCUCUGCAGCACUCCACCAAUCAGGCCUUUAUAGUAGAGUUGCCGGACCGAAGCCACUCAGUAAAAUGACAGCCCACUUGGAAUUUGCCAAAAGGACUCUCAGACCAUGAUAAACAAGAUUUUCUGGUCCGAUGAAACAAAGAUUGAACUCUGAAUGCCAAGCGUCACAUCUGAAGGAAACCUGGCACCAUCCCUAGAGGGAAUCAUGGUGGUGGCAGCAUCAUGCUGUGGGGAUGUUUUUCAGAAGCAGGGACUGGGAGACUAGUCAGGAUCGAGGAAAAGAUGAAUGGAGCAAAGUACAGAGAUGAAAACCUGCUCCAGAGUGCUCAGGUCCUCAGACUGGGGUGAAGGUUCACCUUCCUACAGGACAAUGACCCUAAGCACACAGCCAAGACAACACAGGAGUGUCUUCAAGGCAAGUCUCUGAAUGUCCUUGAGUGGCCAGUCAGAGCCCGGACUUAAACCCAACCGAACAUCUCUGGAGAGACCUGAAAACGGCUGUGCAGCGACGCUCCCCAUCCAAGAUUGAGAGGAUCUGCAGAGAAGAAUGGGAUAAACUCCCCAAAUACAUGUGUGCCAAGCUUGUAGAGUCAUACCCAAGAACACUUGAGGCUGUAUUCAAUGCUAUAAGUGCUUCAACAAAGUACUGAGUAAAGAGUCUGAAUACACCGUUUUUUCUUUGUCAUUAGGGGGUAUUGUGUGUAGAUUGAUGAGAAGAAAAAAAUAUAUAUCUGUUUUAUAAAAAGGUUGUAACAACAAAAUAUGAAAAAAGUGAAGGGGUCUGAAUACUUUCCGAAUGCACUGUAUAUUAUACUAGUGAGACAUGCUGUACUAGCCAUAUGAAAUGGUCUAGUACAUUUAUACUCCACUGGUACUAUAUACUAUACUAAUCAUAUGAUAUAGUACCUAUAUACAGUACUGGUGAUAUAUACUGUACUAGUCAUAUGAUAUAGUAUAGUACAUAUAUGUACUGGUGACACAUACUGAACUAGUCAUAUGAUAUAGUAUAGUACAUAUGUACUGGUGACACAUACUGAACUAGUCAUAUGAUAUAGUAUAGUACAUAUGUACUGUACUAUAUCAUAUGACUAGUGCAGUAAAAAUAUAUACAUGCAUACAUACACACUACAUGACCUAAAGUAUGUGGACACCUGUUCCCUCGAACAUCUCAUUCCAAGCUCAUGGGCUUUCCACUAGAUGUUGGAACAUUGCUGCAGGGACUUGCUUCCAUUCAGCCACAAGCGCAUUAGUGAGGUCGGCACUGAUGUUGGGCGAUUGGGUCUGGCUCACAGUCGGGGUUCCAAUUAAUCCCAAAAGUGUUCGAUGGGUUUGAGGUCAGGGCUCUGUUGCAGGCCAGUCAAGUUCUUCCACACCGUUCUCGACAAACCUUUUCUGUAUGGACCUUGCUUUAUCCACGGGGGCAUUGUCAUGCUGAAACAGGAAAGCGCCUUCCCCAAACUGUUGCCACAAAGUUGGAAGCACAGAAUCAUCUAGAAUGUCAUUGUAUGCUGUAGUGUUAAGAUUUCCCUUCACUGGAACUAAGGAGCCCGAACCAUUAUUCCUCCUCCAACCAACUUUUCAGUUGACACUAUGCAUUCGGGCAGCUGUUUUUGCUCCUAGAAGUUUCCACUUCACACUAACACCACUUACAGUUGACCGGGGCAGCUCUAGCAGGGGAGAAAUUUGAGGAAGUGACUUGUUGGAAAUGUGGCAUCCUAUGACAGUGCUACGUUGAAAGUCACUGAGCACUUCAGUAAGGCCGUUCUACUGCCAAUAUUUGUCUAUUGAGAUUGCAUGGCUGUGUGCUCAAUUUUUCUACACCUGUAAGUAAUGGGUGUGGCGGAAAUAGCUGAAUCCACUAGUUUGAAGGGGUAUCCGCAUAUUUUUGUAUAUGUAGUGUGUACUGUACUGGUGAUAUGUACUGUGCUAGUAAUAUGAUAGUGUGUGUAUAAUAUAAUGUACUAGUGAAUGAGAUAGUAUAUGUACUAGUAAUAUUAUAUAGCAUAUAUAGUGUUUGUCUGUCCAGGUCUGAUGGGGUGUGUGUGUGUUUCCCGAACAAAACAACAAGCAGCAAUUGCCCCUGCUCUCCUGGACAUGUGAACACUGGGGACAUGAAGUACACUACUCUAGAGCAGAGCCUUAUGAGGCAGCCCUAUGAAGCUCGGGCCAAAGUACUGAACUAUGUAGGGAAUAGAUUUCCAUUUGAGAUCCGCCUCCAGGGAUCUGACUAAUUCUGCUGUUGUCUUUAAGCUUCUCUUGCCAGUGUUAAAUUUAUAGGUUUUUUUAUUGUGCGUUUUAAUUUAUAUUUGAUUAUUGUUAUGCUAUUUUACAUGCACAGUACUUUACAGAAUUUGUCAUGAUAGAAAAUGAAUGUGAUGUCCUUCCUGAUUUUAGGUCUAUUUAAAUAGCUCAUAAGAAGUGUUCUCUCAUUUUACCAUUUAGAUCCAGGAGCUGCUGUUCAUCUCAAUGUAUUUAUCUAACCUUAACUACCCCUUAUAGACUGGCCUCUGACUGUAUUUAUCUGAAGUAGAACCGAGCAAUAGGUCUGUGGAUGAAGGUUAUGUUUAUACAACUAAAGAAUCCUGUCAAUUUCAA